UCAAACGCUUUAGAAUCUCCGGCCGAUCGCCGGAACCCUCUCUUUCUCUCUCUAAACUGAGAUUUCUUUAUACAAAAUAUUCGUAUUCAUUGUUAGAUCUCAAUAUAUUUCCGUUUCUUAUCACCAUCUUCUCUCUCUACAAUCCCAAUUUAUACUCCUUUCUCUCCGAUCUCAUCUUCUUGAUUUUGUUUUAUCAUCCGUGGAACCGAUGGAAGCGAUCGAGGAAUUGGCUCAGCUUUCCGAUUCGAUGCGACAAGCUGCCGCUUUGCUUGCCGAUGAAGAUGUGGAAGAGAACUCAUCGUCAUCUAAGCGCCAAUCGACUUUCCUCAACGUCGUUGCUCUUGGAAAUACUGGAGCAGGUAAAUCCGCUGUCUUAAACAGUCUAAUUGGGCAUCCUACUUUGCCGACUGGUGAAGGUGGUGCUACUCGUGCUCCCAUUUGCAUUGACUUGUCCACGGAUGGUAAUUUAAGUAGUAAAUCUAUUAUCAUGCAAAUUGACAGUAAGAACAAACAGGUUAAUGCAAGUGCUAUUCGGCAUUCUUUACAAGAUAGAUUGAGCAAAAGUCGUGAUGAAAUAUAUUUAAAGCUUAUCACGAGCACAGCACCACCUUUGAAAUUAAUUGAUAUGCCUGGAGUUGAAAAAGGAAGUUUGGAUGCUUCCCUGAGCAAAUAUGUUGAACACAAUGAUGCAAUACUGUUGGUGAUAAUAUCUGCUGCCCAAGCGCCAGAAAUUUCCUCAUAUAAAGCCCUUCGAUUGGCAAAAGAGUGUGAUGGAGAAUGUACCAGAACUAUUGGGGUAAUUAGUAAAAUAGAUCAAGCUGCUACUGAUCAGAAAGCUCUUGCAGCUGUCCAAGCCCUGUUAUCGGGUCAGGGACCAAGAAGUACAGUUGAUAUUCCAUGGGUUGCUUUGAUUGGACAGACUGUCACUAUAGCAUCUGCACAGUCAGGAAAUGUGGGAUCAGACAACUCAUUGGAAACUGCUUGGCGAGCUGAAACUGAAAGUCUAAAAUCUAUUUUACCUGGAGCCCCUCAGAGCAAACUUGGUAGACUAUCCCUAGUAGAAACUCUUGCUCAACAAAUACGCAGCCGUUUGAAACUCAGGCUUCCUAAUAUCCUUUCAGGGCUUCAAGGGAAGUCCCAGAUAGUACAGGAUGAAUUAGUAAGACUUGGUGAACAAAUGGUUAGCAGUUCAGAAGGUACAAGAGCUCUAGCAUUGGAACUAUGCCGUGAAUUUGAGGAUAAAUUUCUCCAGCACAUUACUUCAGGAGAGGGUAGUGGUUGGAAAGUGGUUGCAAGUUUUGAGGGAAACUUUCCUAAUAGGAUUAAACAACUUCCCCUGGAUAGACAUUUUGACCUGAACAAUGUCAAAAGGAUUGUCCUGGAAGCAGAUGGUUAUCAACCCUAUCUUAUAUCCCCAGAGAAAGGGUUGAGGUCCUUAAUCAAGGGUGUCUUGGAGUUGGCAAAAGAACCUGCUGGCCUUUGCGUUGAUGAGGUGCAUCGUGUGCUUGUGGAUAUUGUUUCAGCAGCAGCAAAUGGUACCCCAGGUCUUGGAAGAUAUCCUCCAUUCAAAAGAGAGGUUGUUGCAAUUGCAAGUGCCGCGUUGGAUGGAUUUAGGAGUGAAGCAAAAAGCAUGGUUGUCGCACUUGUAGACAUGGAGCGUGCAUUUGUUCCCCCACAACAUUUUAUCCGUUUGGUACAGAGGCGGAUGGAUAGACAAAGAAGGGAGGAUGAACUGAAAAACAAAUCUUCUAAAAAAGGCCCAGUUGCAGAGCAGUCCCUUUUAAAUAGAGCCUCUAGUCCCCAAACUGAAGACAAGCAAACUGGAGGGAGUUUAAAAUCAAUGAAAGAUAAACCUAACCCGCAAGAUAAGGAUGGACAGGAAGCCUCGGGUUUGAAGACUGCUGGGUCUGAAGGUGAAAUCACAGCAGGGUUUUUGUUGAAGAAAAGUGCAAAAAAGAAUGGGUGGAGUAAACGGUGGUUUGUGCUAAAUGUGAAAACUGGGAAGCUUGGAUACACCAAGAAGCAGGAAGAAAGACAUUUCCAUGGCGUGAUCAAUUUGGAGGAAUGUAAUAUUGAAGAGGUUCCCGAAGAAGAAGAAACCUCCUCAAAGAGUUCCAAGGACAAGAAGGGAAAUGCCCCAGAAGCGGGGAAACCCAGUCUUGUAUUCAAGAUUACAAGCAAGGUUGCUUACAAGACUGUUUUAAAAGCUCACAGUGCUGUUGUUCUAAAGGCAGAGAGUAUUGCUGAUAAAGCUGAAUGGUUAAACAAGUUAGGAAAUGUAAUCCAAAGUAAAGGAGGUCAGUUGAAGUCUGAGUCCAGUGCUCCAAUGCGGCAAAGUCUUUCUGACGGGUCUCUUGAUACAAUGGUAAGAAGACCCGCAGAUCCUGAAGAAGAACUUAGGUGGAUGGCCCAAGAAGUGCGAGGAUAUGUUGAAGCUGUUAUGAACAGCCUUGCCGCAAAUGUCCCUAAAGCCGUGGUCCUUUGUCAAGUCGAGAAAGCCAAGGAAGACAUGCUCAUUAAGCUUUAUAGUUCUGUCAGUUCUCAAAGUACUGCGAGGAUUGAUGAGUUACUACAGGAAGACCAAAAUGUAAAACGAAGAAGGGACCGAAUUCAGAAACAAUCGGCUCUUCUCUCUAAGCUCACUAGGCAAUUGAGCAUCCAUGAUAACCGUGCUGCUGCUGCAUCCAGCAUGUUGGAUAGUAGUGGUGGAACAGAAAGUAGCCCAAGAACCAACGGACAAUCUUCAGGCGAUGACUGGAGAUCUGCGUUUGAUGCUGCUGGUGGUGGUCGGUCAAGCUCGUUUGGAGGGUCGAAUGGUCACAGUCGUAGGAACAGUGACCCAUCAGAAAAUGGCGAUAUAAAGUCAAACAGCAGCAGCAGUAGCCGCCGCACUCCAAACCGACUCCCACCAGCUCCACCACCGUCAGGUUCAUCUUAUAAGUAUUAGGUUUUAAUCUGAAAAAAAAAGAAAGAAGAUUUGAUUAUUGGCUAUUAUUGAUUUUGAUUUCGAGUGUUUUGUCCUUUUAUUGAGCAUCCAUCUUUUAUACAUACAAAUAUAUAUACUAGUGGUGGUGGUGAUAGUAAGUCCUUGUAGAUAUAGAUGAAACUGGGCAAUUUUUACUUACAGUGAGUGAUUGAUUUUGAGUCUUAUUCCAAAAUGUAGUACUAGUAGUAGUAUUCAUUCUUUUUUUUUUACUCAGGCUCUCUCUGUUUGUUGCAGUUUUUAUCUUUGAUGGACAUUUUUGUAAUAAUGCUACCUGCAUACUGUAAUCCUUAUCUCCUUUCUCUUCUUUUACAAGAGUGUUCUUGAUUUUUUAACCUUAUUUGACCA